UAAUAUUCAACGAAUUAUGCAUCGAAAUUCUCAGUUAUCCUCUUCAACUUGCGUAACACACAUACCCACCACCCACCGAAGCCUUAUCCCUCAUCUCCACUAACCAUGAUCCGAAGAAAGCUUUCCAGAAGUGCCCCGGCGACGGCGGCGCUCUGCUGCCUCGUCCUCCUCCUCCUCCUCAUCGUUGCCCUCGCGGUCGUCUACUUCGUCGUCCUCCGCCCACGCGACCCCCGCGUCGAAUUCGCCUUCGUAGGCCUCCGCCAAAUUCAGUUCCAGCCUCCCCCCAACUUCCGCCUCAACCUUUCCCUCGACGUCGACGUCUCCGUCCGCAACCCCAACUUCGCCAGCUUCGACUACGACGUCGGCACCGCCCUGGUGUUCUACCGCGGGGCGCUGGUGGGCCAGGCCCCGGUGGAGGCGAGGAACAUCGGCGCACGCUCCACGGAGACGCUGAGGGCGGCGCCGGUGCUGAACGUGGCGGCCAUGGCUGCCGACCGCAGCUUCGCCGGAGACGUGGCGGCAGGGGCGCUGCAGCUGCAGUCGUCGACGAGCUUGCGGGGGAGGGUGAAGGUGGUGGGCAUCUUCCGGCGGCGGGCUUCCAUCUUCACGGCGUGCGAUAUCCGAGUGGCUCUGUUCGCCGGCGGCAUGGUGGCCGCCGAUUGCCGCUCCAAAGUCAGCAGUUGAGCGAUAUGUUUAUUUUUUAUUUAUUUAUUAAUUUAGAGCUAAAUGUUUGCCUAAUUUGUUGUUUUCAAGAGUUACUUCGCUCUUUGUUGUUUUCAAGAGUUACUUGGCUCUUUGAAUUCGUUGUGUUCGCUCGUUUGCUCUUUAAAUUGUACGUUUGAUUUGUUGUGGAAUAAAUGCCAAUGUGUGUUAUUUGUGUUAAUUAAUUAAAAGCUUAUAUAAGUUAAUAUUCAAA